AUGGCGGCCAUCGCUCCAUCCUCUUCCUCCUUGUCAAAUCCCUCUCCUCUCCCUUCUUCAACAAAUUCCCAAAACAACACUUCCAGAUUUACCCGCCCCUUUUCCCCUAUUCCCCAGAAGCCCACUCUCUACCGCCCCCUCCACAUCUCCAAUUCUCUCUCUCCCAAACCCAAACCCAAAGCCACGAGCACCGGCAGCAUCACCACCACCCCUAUUACCACCACUUCAGACCCACAAACUUUCAUUUCCCGAUAUGCCCCUGAUGAGCCAAGAAAGGGCGCGGAUGUCCUCGUGGAGGCCCUUGAACGCCAAGGCGUCACCGACGUAUUCGCCUACCCUGGAGGCGCAUCUAUGGAGAUCCACCAGGCCCUCACGCGCUCCUCCACCAUCCGCAACGUCCUCCCUCGCCACGAGCAAGGUGGCGUCUUCGCUGCCGAGGGCUACGCGCGCUCCUCCGGCCUCCCCGGUGUCUGUAUUGCUACCUCGGGCCCUGGUGCCACUAACUUGGUCAGUGGCCUCGCCGACGCACUCCUCGACAGCGUCCCCGUGGUCGCUAUCACUGGACAGGUCCCCCGCCGCAUGAUCGGCACCGACGCUUUUCAAGAGACACCCAUCGUUGAGGUAACCCGAUCCAUCACCAAACACAAUUACCUUGUUCUUGAUGUAGAGGAAAUUCCUAGAAUUGUUCGUGAGGCGUUUUUCUUGGCCACCUCAGGCCGACCAGGCCCAGUUUUGAUAGACAUACCCAAAGAUAUACAGCAACAGCUUCUAGUUCCCAAUUGGAACCAACCCAUGAGUCUACCCGGCUACAUGUCUAGGUUGCCCAAGUCCCCCUCUGAGUCCCAUUUGGACCAGAUUGUGAGGUUGGUAUCUGAGUCGAAGAAGCCGGUUUUGUAUGUUGGUGGAGGGUGUCUGAACUCGAGCGACCAGUUGAGGCGAUUUGUGGAGCUUACCGGGAUCCCCGUUGCGAGUACUUUGAUGGGUCUCGGGGCGUACCCAUGCUCCGACGAAUUGUCCCUCCAAAUGCUUGGGAUGCAUGGGACUGUGUGUGCUAAUUAUGCUGUGGAUAAGUCUGACUUGUUGCUUGCUUUUGGGGUGAGGUUCGAUGACCGUGUCACAGGGAAGCUCGAAGCAUUUGCUAGCCGCGCUAAGAUUGUUCACAUUGAUAUUGAUUCAGCAGAGAUCGGAAAGAAUAAGCAGCCUCAUGUGUCAGUUUGUGCAGAUGUGAAGUUGGCAUUGGCAGGGAUAAAUCUAAUAUUGGAAGGCAAAGGAAGCAAGCUUAAACUAGAUUUCUCAGCUUGGAGGGAGGAGCUGAAAGAGCAGAAGGUGAAGUUUCCAUUGAGUUAUAAGACUUUUGGGGAAGCCAUUCCUCCUCAGUAUGCGAUUCAGGUCCUUGACGAAUUAACGGAUGGGAAUGCAAUUAUAAGCACUGGAGUUGGGCAGCAUCAAAUGUGGGCAGCUCAAUUUUACAAAUACAGGAGGCCUCGCCAGUGGUUGACGUCAGGGGGAUUAGGGGCUAUGGGUUUUGGAUUGCCUGCCGCUAUCGGGGCUGCUGUUGCAAAUCCAGAUACAAUUGUUGUUGACAUCGAUGGCGAUGGGAGUUUCAUGAUGAAUGUCCAAGAAUUGGCAACUAUCAGGGUAGAGAAUCUUCCCGUUAAGAUAAUGCUGUUGAAUAAUCAGCAUUUGGGUAUGGUUGUUCAGUGGGAGGAUCGCUUUUAUAAGGCGAACAGGGCUCACACUUACUUAGGGAACCCAUCAAACGAGUCUGAGAUAUUCCCGAAUAUGCCCCAAGUUUGCAGCAGCCUGUGGGAUACCAGCUGCGCGUGUGACGAAGAAGGAGCAUCUGAAGGAAGCAAUUCAGAAAAUGUUGGACACUCCUGGUCCAUACUUGUUGGAUGUAAUAGUGCCCCAUCAAGAGCAUGUCUUACCUAUGAUUCCUAG